ACUUCAGCUUUAAAGACUUCCAUCAUAGGCCAAACGGAGUUCCAACCCAAACUGCUUGCCUCUCGCACGAUUACCAACGCGAAAACAGACGAAAUAUUCAUUAAUCUUCUCAUGCAACAUGGAAGAAAAGCCCUGAUCAAGAAUGACGAGACAUGUUAUUCAAGGAGAAAAGUGCUUGAGUACUACGGAAAAGUUAGCGGUACCCCAGUCAAGCACUCUAGUGAAAUAUUUCUUGGCGUGAUUGAUGAUCAGGAAAGUGCUAAUUCUAUUCUUGUCGUUGGAAAAGCAGGGAUUGGGAAAUCCCUGUUUUGCCAAAAGGUGAUUCGCGAUUGGGCGAACAACAAAUUACUUCAAGCACUAGAAAGCAGUGAAUUUCCCAAUUUAAAGUUUGUGUAUUUGCUCACUUUCCGUCAAUUGAAUUUGCUUGAAAAUAACUAUGUGACAUUAAGAGAAAUCUUAAAUUGUUCUUCGGUACUGGAUGACACAUGUAACAUUGAUGACUCAACAUUUGAGUACAUUGUAAAUCAUCCCAGGGAAGUAAUGAUAAUUCUCGACGGCUAUGAUGAGUAUUCUCAGAAAACCAACAUCGCUGGAAACUCGGAAGAACAGCAUCCCAAUAACGCUAAACGUAAAAUGCCGGUGGCCGCAUUGUGUUCAAAACUCAUCAAAGGAAAAAUCUUGAAAGGGGCUAUCGUCAUGAUUACCUCGCGUCCUGAUGAAUCGGACAAGUUGGGAGGAAUCUGUUUUAAACGUUACGUGGAAAUUGCAGGAUUUUCGUCAAAACAAGUCAAAAGAUACAUUGAGAAAUACUUCAAGAAAAACGAAAAUAUGAAGAACGUUGUACUUAAACAUGUCAUGAACAAUGAGAACCUUGUCAGUUUUGCUCAUAUUCCUAUGCUCUGUUAUCUGUUGUGCUUUGAGAUGGAGUAUACCCUAACCGAAUCAGAAAAUCCUGAUGACCUUCCUGUCUCAACAACCGACGUUUACACCAAACUUAUUGAAAUAUUUGAACUUAAGCACUACGCCGAGUCAGAAUACAGACAGAAAGAAAUUCCUGAGCAAUUCAAGGCCCCUCCUGUCAUCAAGAACACUUUAGAUAAAUUAUCAAAGCUAGCGGCUAAACUGUUGGUUGAAAGAAAGCCAACUUUUGAUGAAAGGGAGAUGGAAGGCGAUUUUGAAGCGGAAGAAGUCAGCAAACUGAAAGGUAGCGGUCUUCUUUACUGUGGUCAGCCUUUCAGGACUGCACUGAUUACAACCACGAAGCACUUUAGCUUCACACAUCUAACCGUCCAAGAAUUCUUAGCUGCUCGUUGGUUCGUUAAGGAAAAUCGCGUUCCAGACGAAGAAUGCUCUGAAAUGGUUUUCCAAUUUUUUGCUGGCGUGUUAUCAAGUGAGGGAAACGAAGAACUGAUGAAAAAACUAUUAAAUUCGCCCUUUAUGCAUCGUAAUCUUAAAAUGACGUGUCUGACUGAGUAUCAAAACAAAGAAUUUGCCAAAAAAUUCAUCAGGAAUAAUCCGCAAGCGUUUUGUAAUUCAGAUGGCGUCAUGGCUUUUAUGGGUUUAUCAGAUAUGGACUGCAUUGGAGUAUCAUUUGUGUUGGACAUUAUGAGUGAACUAAAUAAAGAGGAAGCUGGAGGGGCACAACACAAAUGUUCUGAUAAGUUCGUCACAGUUCAGAAGUUACAACUUAGAGAAUCACAGCUAACACUGUCUGGAAUACAACGAGUCUGUAAUUCACUAAACAAUGAACACUGUCUUGUGUCUGAACUGGAAUUAUUCGAGAUUUACUCUACUGAUGAAUGUGUUGAUGUUAUUAAUAGAUUAGUAGUAAGGAAGUUAACCAAAUUAAGUCUAGUGAUCACUAAGAUCACUGAUACCGGUGUGGCCAGUCUAUGUGAAGCUUUACAGCAUCCAAGCUGUAAGCUAACCACACUAAAUCUGCAGGGUAUUUCUAUCACUGAUACCAGUGUUGCCAGUCUAUGUGAAGCUUUAGAGCAUCCAAACUGUAAGCUAACCACACUAAUUCUACAGGAAUAUAACAUUGCUGAUACCGGUGUCGCCAGUCUAUGUGAAGCUUUACAGCAUCCAAGCUGCAAGCUAACCACACUAAAUCUGGGGUGUAGUUCUAUCACUGAUACCAGUUUUGCCAGUCUAUGUGAAGCUUUACAGCAUCCAAGCGGCAAGCUAACCACACUAAAUCUGGGGUGUAGUUCUAUCACUGAUACCAGUUUUGCCAGUCUAUGUGAAGCUUUACAGCAUCCAAGCUGUAAGCUAACCACACUAAAUCUGACUUCGUCUCUUAGUUCUGAAUAUCGCGAAAUUCUUAAAGCUAUAACUCAGAGACACCGACCAGCUUUAAACCUGUCUUUUGAGGGUAUUCUAAAUCUUAUAUAGUUUCAUCAAUUUUUAGUUGAUUUUUGUAUUUAAACAAAAUAAAUAGUUGCAAGUCAAAUCUUAAUUUUGGGUCAAAGAGACUUACCAGGUAGACGAAGUAUUUUUAAUCACCAGAGUGAAAAAUAACGCUUAAUGUAAAUAGAACCGCAAAUAUUUUGUAAUAAAAGGUUUU